AAAAUGAGGAUUAUUAUAUUUUCUUGGCACUUUCUCGGGGUGUAUUCCGCCCUUUGGGGGCUGACGACAGGGGCUUUCCCCAGCUCAGUGCAGAUAGGUGGGUUGUUCAUUAGGAAUACUGAUCAGGAGUAUACAGCUUUUCGACUAGCUAUCUUCCUACACAAUACCAGCCCAAAUGCUACGGAAGCUCCCUUUAACCUGGUCCCACACGUCGACAAUAUAGAGACUGCCAACAGCUUCGCCGUAACCAAUGCAUUCUGUUCUCAGUAUUCGAGGGGGGUCUUCGCCAUCUUCGGCCUUUACGACAAGCGCUCGGUGAACACGCUGACAUCGUUCUGUGGUGCCCUGCACAUCAGCCUAGUGACGCCCAGCUUUCCCACUGAAGGAGAGGGACAGUUCACCCUUCAGCUGCGGCCGUCCAUAAGAGGGGCUUUGCUGUCACUGUUGGACCACUAUGACUGGAGUCGAUUUGUCUUCCUCUACGAUACAGACAGAGGUUAUGCAAUACUGCAGGCAAUUAUGGAGAGAGCGGGGCAGAACGGAUGGCAGGUGAGUGCUAUCUGUGUGGAGAGUUUCAAUGAGGCAGCAUACCGACGACUCCUGGAGGACCUGGACCGACGUCAGGAGAGGAAAUAUGUCAUUGACCUAGAGCCUGAGAGACUACAGAGCAUCUUAGAACAGGCUGUCAGUGUGGGGAAGCAUGUCAAAGGUUACCAUUACAUCAUAGCAAACCUGGGUUUUAAGGACAUAUCUCUGGAGAGGUUCAUGCACGGCGGGGCUAAUGUGACAGGUUUCCAGCUGGUGGACUUCAGCAGGCCUAUCGUUAUCAAACUGAUGCAGCGCUGGAACAAACUUGAUCAGAGAGAGUACCCGGGAUCUGAAAGCCCACCUAAGUAUACCUCAUCUCUAACGUAUGAUGGCGUCCUUGUGAUGGCCGAGGCCUUCCGCACCCUUCGCCGUCAGAAAAUUGACAUUAGUCGCCGUGGUAACGCUGGUGACUGCCUGGCCAAUCCGGCUGCUCCCUGGAACCAAGGAAUAGAUAUGGAGCGGGCACUCAAACAGGUUGGCACAAGUUUCAUGUGGUAUAGUACAGAUUGGCAAACGCUUUGA